AUGUGGCAAUCAUACGUCUUGCGGUCAUUUUAUCUGCUAACGAUGAAAAUAGGUAUCAUUGGCAAUCUUUGGGUCAUCUGUUCCGUUAUACGUAAUACACGACGUCAAACACAUAGCUGCUUAAGGAGACCAAGCGAUUGCCUAAGAAGCUAUAUUUUUGUUUUGGCAUUUGUUGAUCUCUUUGUUGUUUGCUCACUUUCUUUGCGCCUUGUAUACAUGUGGAAUGAAACGCUAACUUUCGAGAUUUGGAGUUGCCGAGGAUUGUAUUUUGUUGAGCAGUUAUCAAAAAUGAUAUCAAUGUUUUGCCUUGCAUCAAUUAGCAUCGAAAGAUAUAUUACAAUACGUAAACCUUUCAGUAACCAGAUUCGUAGACAUUUUCAUCAGGGCUUCCCAGCAGUAAUUUCAUUGAUAUUCUUCCUUGUUUUUAUCCCGAUAUUACUCACGAUAAAGACGAUUAAUGUUACCGCGGAUAGGCGAGAUUGCCUCAUCAGUAAUGAUAGUGCGUGGAAUCGACUAACUGGCCUACUUGUUGGCACAUGUUUUAUUUUAUUGCUGAUACUCGUGAGCGUCAAUUACGCAGAAAUUGUACGACAUGUGCACCGAAAAUUUUCAAGAAGGAAAGCACGACAAUCUGCAACCUGCAAUAGCAAUCAUCGAUUAUCGGAGCCACGAUAUGUACGUGAAAUGACUUCUUCCAUUGUACGUGUCGCUAUAUUUCACAUGAUCUGUUGGCUUCCAUUUUGCUUUAUUGCAAUGAUUCCCACUAAGAUAUGCUCAUUGGUAUUGAUAUCAGUACGAGCAAUAAGUCAGAUCAAUGAUGAAGAUGGUGAGGUGUUAUGGAUUCCAGUAUUAGCAAAUUGGUUAACAUAUCUGAAUUCAGCAUUGAAUUGGAUUUUUUAUGCUGUGCUGAAUCGAGAUCUCAGAGAAUUGAUUAGGAAUAAUACGAAACGGCGAAAACGUACUGCAAUGACAUAUUAUCAUUCAUCGUCAAAUUUCACUAACAAAAGCUCUCAGCAACCUUUGGACCAAAGUUUAAGUAUUCAUGUAUUGGCUGAAAGUCCGUAA